AUGGGGCACAUCAAGCCAGAGUCUGACUUACUGACUUAUGGAUUUAAUCCUUCUGUGAAAGUGUUUCUGUGUAGUGAAAAUGAAAGCGUCAGCGCUACUAAUAAAAAUACAGACAUUACUGUAAAGGAUAGUACAGAUGACUUCUGCCUUCGAGAUACAUUAAGUAUUGCAUCAACAGACUCCUUUGUUUCCACAGCUGAGCUUACAGAGCACAGAGCGAUUCGUAAUGCAUAUGGUCUAGAUUCCCUUUGCCAUUGCCCAUUGUAUGAAGAAGCUAUGCACUUAGCAGAAGAGGGCAAAAUUUAUUCCCGAGUGUUAAGGACUGAGAUGUUUGAAUGUCUGGGAGACAGUGACUUCCUUGCAAAGCUUCACUGUAUUCGACAAGCUUUUCAGAUAAUUCUUUCAGAAACAGCAAACAGAAUAUUUCUUGCUGAAAGUGGAAGAAAAAUUUUGUCUGCUUUAAUUGUGAGAGCACGAAAGAAUCCAAAGAAAUUUGAAGAUGUCUUUGAUGAAAUGAUAAAUUUUUUGGAACAAACAGAUCACUGGGAUAAUACUGAAAUGGAACUUGCUGCUAGAGGAGUGAAAAACCUGAAUUUUUAUGAUGUUGUUCUGGACUUCAUAUUGAUGGACUCAUUUGAAGAUUUAGAAAAUCCACCCAUAUCUAUACAGAAUGUAGUAAAUAACCGCUGGCUAAAUUCCUCUUUUAAAGAAACAGCUGUGGCUUCAAGCUGUUGGUCAGUACUGAAGCAGAAAAGACAGCAAAUGAAGGUGCCUGAUGGAUUUUUUGCACAUUUCUAUGCUAUAUGUGAACAUAUUAGCCCUGUACUGGCGUGGGGAUUUUUGGGCCCUAGAAAUUCCCUUUAUGACCUAUGCUGCUUCUUCAAGGAUCAAGUGCUUUUCUUCCUCAAAGACAUUUUCGAUUUUGAAAAGGUGAGAUACUCGACUAUGGAGAGUUUGGCUGAAGAUCUGAUGCAAUUACUGAUCCGACACACGGAACUUUUAAUGGCCUAUCUUGGAGCGGAUUCGCUGAGACACGUCAGUGCGUGCGUGAGCGGGCACGGGCACGUCGUGCCCAGUGGGCUCUUAGAGGCCAAAGUGCAGUAA